AUGGAAGCGCUUGAUGCAGACAGUGGAAAGAACGCAGAGUUGACGUACUUCCCCGUUCCCAAAAACGGCAGUUUCUACGUGGUACCAAAAACUGGCGAAGUUUUGCUGAUGGACUCCCUACUGGGCCUCCCAUCUGUAAUCAAGUUCUAUGUUUUUGCUAAAGACCAUGGUUGGCCCUGCAGAAUCAGUAAGGGUGUUGAGUUCACGGUUACCCCACGACAGUGGUGCCCACUGCGCCCAGGCCAGACAGGGGAGUUGGGCAGCCUGGGCAGGGCAGGGCGGAUGCAUAGGGCAUUGUUGGACUCUGGUAGCAUGGUCUUCCUCAAUGUCUCCGAAGAUGCAAGCAUCGGUUCUGUCGUUAUGAGCCUGAGCCCAGCCAGGUUUCAGGCAGCCUCCUUUGAGCUGGUUUACCCGAAGACAGAUAUUACCCCAAUCAACGUGGGCAAGGAGAGUGGAGAUAUCGUGAUAGCCAUGCGCCUGGACAGGGAGACUGAACCGUUCAUCGAAAUCACUGUCAAAAUACAAGAUGAACGAGUACCUGACCAAGGUGAAGCUGAGGGUGACAGAUGUCAACGACAACGUCCCCGAGUGGGCCAUGGAGCCUUACCCUACCUGGCAGUGGUGUCCCCCGAGGCCUCCCCUGGGGAGCUGGUGUACCCGCUCCACGCUCGCGACGGGGAUGAAGGCAGUAGCGGCGAGGUGGAGUACUUCCUGGCUGAUGGUGGUAAUGGCUGCUUUGCGGUGGACAAGAAGAGUGGUCACAUCUUGACCACAGGUCUCCCCCUGCAGAGAGACAGGGAGUAUCUGCUGAGUGUGGUGGCCUUUGACAUGCUGGGCAGUCGCAGUGCUCCGGCCAUGGUGUCGGUCAUAGCAGGACCCAGAACACCACAGUUCACCAAGGCAUCCUACGCCAUUUCCAUACCAGAGAACACCCCAGAGGGACAGCCCUUCCUGGUGAUGUUUGCCAUCUCCUUCCAGAAGCAGCCAAUCAGCUACAGCCUGCUGAUCAACCCCAGCAGCCUGUUCAGAAUGCAGCAGGAGACAGGGGAGAUCAGCCUGACCCGCAUGCUAGACUAUGAGAAUGACCAGAGACGUUACCUCCUUAUGGUCAGGGCCAGCGAGGGGCUAGGGGGCCUCAGCAGUGCCAUAGAGGUCCAGGUGGUGAUAACGGACGAGAACGAUUGUGUCCCAGAAUUUCUCCAGUCCAUUUACAGUGUUGAUGGAGUCCCCGAGACAGUAACCACAGCAACCUCUCUCCUGCAGGUGUUAGCCAGUGACUGUGACUCGGGGUUGAAUGCAGAACUCACAUACUACACUCUAAGCCCAGACUUCAGCAUUUCAGCCCACGGCACCAUCUUCCCUGUGGGCCGUCUGGACUACGAGAGGCCCAACCACCUGUAUGAGUUUGUGGUGAUGGCGGUGGAUAAUGGGGAGGAGCCUCACUCUGGUACCGCCACCAUCCGCCUCCGCAUGGCCAAUGUCAACGACCAGGCCCCCGAGUUCUCCCAGACUGUCUAUCGGACCUUUGUCUCCGAGGACGCUGGCCCCAACACACUAGUUGCCACGGUACUGGCUAAGGACCCGGACGGUGAUGGAAUAGUGUACUCAUUUACAGCUGGCAACGAGGAGGGCAACUUUGUCAUUGACAGCCAGAAAGGGUUGAUCCGGCUGCGCUCCACCCCCCCUCCCAAGCUCCAGGGCCUGGAGUAUGUCCUCAAUGUGACGGCUACGGACGACAACGCUUCCGGAGGGCCACACCCACUCUCUGCAACGGCCCGGGUCAUCGUGGGUGUUGAUGAUGUCAAUAACAACAAACCCAUCUUUGAGAAGUGUCAGCAGUACAGGGAGCAGGCGUCUGUGUUGGAGAACCAGCCCACAGGGACCUUCGUGCUGCAGGUGCACGCAGUAGAUGCAGACGAGGGGGCCAAUGGGAAGGUCAAGUAUGGCCUGAUGCACAGAGACAGAGCCAUGCCUGCCUUCAGAGUCCACCCUGACACAGGUGUGAUCGUGACGGCGCGGCGGUUCGACCGGGAGCGUCAGAGAGAGUACUCCAUCACGGUGACGGCUACAGACUGGGCUGACGAGCCUCUCAUAGGGAUCUGUCAGCUCAACGUCCUCAUCCAAGACCAGAAUGACAACAGCCCCAAGUUUGAGAACCUGCGCUACGAGUACUUUCUGAGAGAGGACACCAUGAUCGGCACCAGUUUCUUGCGUGUGGCGGCGCACGAUGAUGACUUUGGCACCAACGCCGUCGUCACCUACUCCAUGUCCCAGGAGCAGCCUGAGUACCUGAGGGUCAACCCUGUUACCGGCUGGGUGUACGUCAACCAGCCCAUAUCACAGAGGUCCUACAUCACACGGGAAGUAGUUGCCACGGACGGGGGGAAUCGCAGCACAUCUGUGGAGCUGUCUGUCACCAUUACCAACGUGAAGAACCAGCCCCCGCAGUGGGAAAAGGACAGCUACAGCGUGGUCAUCCCCGAGAACACAGCCAGGGACACUUCCAUUGUGACGAUCAAAGCGACCUCGUUGCUAGGCGACCCCAGGGUGACUUAUAACCUGGAGGAGGGCGUGGUCCCGGAGACUAACAUGCCUGUGCGGUUCUACCUGUCGCCCAACCGCGAGGACGGCUCUGCCUCCAUCCUGGUGUCGGAGCCGCUGGACUAUGAGACCACACCCAGUUUCUCCCUGAGGGUGCGGGCUCAGAACGUGGCGGCAGUACCACUGGCUGCAUUCACCACAAUCUAUGUCAACGUCACAGACGUGAACGACAAUGUUCCCUUCUUCACCUCCUCCAUCUAUGAGGCAUCAGUGACUGAGGGUGCCAAGGUGGGGACCAUGGUCCUCCAGGUGUCUGCUCACGACAAGGACCUAGGUCUCAACGGACAGAUCACCUACUCCCUCCUGAGUGACAGUAGUGGGGACCACCGUCUGUUUCGUGUGGAUCCAGAGCUGGGCUCCAUCUAUACAGAGGCGGUGUUUGACCGCGAGGCACAGGGAUCCUACCUACUGGAGGUGCAGUCUGAAGACGGCAUGGAGUCAGCACGGCCCGGGAGGAACAAACAGCCCAACUUUGACACAGCAUAUGUGCGGGUUUUCAUCAGCGACGUGAACGAUAACAAACCCGUCUUUGCUCAGCGUCUCUAUGAAGUCGGCAUUGACGAGGACGCAGAUGUCGGCCUGGCUGUUGUCACCGUCGGUGCUAAUGACGAAGAUGAAGGUGCCAACGCCAAGCUGCGUUACCAGAUCACAUCGGGCAACACCGGAGGGGUGUUUGACAUGGAGCCUGAAGUGGGAACCAUCUUCAUCGCCCAGCCUCUGGACUACGAGCUGCAGAAGAGGUACAAGCUGCUGGUGCUGGCAUCGGACGGGAAGUGGGAGGACUAUGCUGCUGUGGUGGUCAACGUGGUCAACAAGAACGACGAGGCUCCAGUCUUCUCUAUGAAUGAGUACUACGGCUCAGUGACCGAGGAGCUAGACGGCUCGCCGGUCUUUGUGCUUCAGGUGACUGCCACAGACCCAGACAAGGAUGCAGACCAAGUCGCCGUGCGCUACUCUCUUCAUGGUCAGGGAUCGCAGUCUAAGUUUGUGAUCGACGAGAUCACAGGGAAAAUGUACGCCCAGAAGACACUGGACCGCGAGGAGCGGGCAGUGUGGCGCUUUGUGGUCCUGGCCACAGACGAGGAAGGGGAGGGGCUCACCGGCUUCACUGACGUAAUCAUCAACGUGUGGGACAUCAAUGACAACGCACCUUCCUUCGUCUGCGUGCCCGACAGCUGUCACGGCAACGUGGCCGAGAACUCGCCCCCAGGUACCUUUGUCAUGGAGAUGACGGCGACGGACCUUGAUGACACGGCGGUGGGUCAGAACGCCAUCCUCUCCUACCGUAUCCUGGAGAACGCGCAUGACGCGGGCGACGCCGACUUCUUCACCGUUGACGCCAGUACAGGCACCAUCUCAGUGGCAACCGGUGGGUUGGACAGGGAGGUGGCAGAGCGGCACCAACUGGUGGUUGAAGCCAAGGAUGGAGAGGGUAGGAUGGGCACGGCUACCGCCACUAUCAUCAUCACGGACCUGAACGACCAUACCCCCCGGUUCAAAGACGAGUGGUGCGGGGCUCGUGUGUCUGAGAGCAGCCCUCCAGACUCAACCGUGCUGAAGCUGGACGCUGUGGACCCAGACUCAGGGCCUCACGGCCUGCUGGGCUUCAGUGUGGUGGCAGGGGACCAGGGGGAGAGGUUCUACAUGGUGAGCCACAAAGCAGAGCAGUCUGGAACUCUGAGGCUGAGGAAGAGGCUGGAUUACGAGAGGCCCGGCGAGCAACAAUUCAACCUCACCAUUCGUGUGGAGGACUCCGACUUCUCCAGCCUCAUCCACUGCAUCAUCCAGGUGGUGGACGAGAAUGACCAUGCCCCACUGUUCGCCCCCACCUCCUACUCCCUUGCCCCUCUGCCAGAGGAUGUUGCAGUGGGAACCAGCAUCACCCAGGUGAUGGCCAGCGACUCAGACUCUGACCUGAAUGGGGAAAUAAUCUAUAGCAUCUCCCCAGAGUCAGACCCGUAUGGUCAUUUUACAGUGGACGGAAACGGCGUCAUGACCGUGACCCGGCCGCUGGACAGAGAAAUCGUGGCAGAGUACCAGCUGGUUGUCCUAGCGACAGACCGGGGUAGUCCAGCCUUGACGGGUAGCACCACGGUCCAGCUGAGCCUGCUGGAUGUAAAUGACAAUGGGCCAGAGCUGGAGGUGACCUAUAACCCUGUCCUCUGGGAGAACAGCCCUGCUCCACAGGUGGUGUGGCUCAACCAAACCUCCACCCUGCUCCAUGUUAUCGACCGGGACUCCCCUGAGAACGGGCCUCCCUUCUCCCUCUCCCUCCCUCGCCUCUACGCCACUGACUUCCACCUGCAAGACCAUGGCGACGGCACGGCAACGCUUACAGCACUGCACCGCUUCGACCGCGAGCGGCAGAGGGAGUUCUUCCUGCCUGUGGUCAUGACAGACAGCGGUCGUCCGCCAAUGACGGUCACCAACACACUCACCGUCACCGUGGGCGACCAGAACGACAACGCCCACCAGGAGGGAGAGAAGGAGAUUUACGUCCACAGCCGGAGGGGAAAGAUGCAGACUACUUCGCUGGGCAAGGUCUAUGCCCCUGAUCCCGAUGAUUGGGACAACAAGACCUACACCUUAGACGCAAGAGGAAUGAAGUAUUUCACCUUAGACAAGAGUACAGGUGACCUGGCCAUCAGACAGAAUACCCUAGCGGGCAGCUACUAUCUCAGAGUGGGCGUGUCGGAUGGUGUGUGGCCGGACGUGGUGUCGGGGGUCACAGUUCACGUGCGGGAGCUGGAGGACAAGGCAAUCCAUUUGUCAGCCUCCCUGCGUCUCACAGGCAUCACUGCCAGGGAUUUUAUUGAGUCCCAGGUGGACAAGACGAGCCGACAGGAUGUGUUCAGGGGCUUCCUGUCUGAACGCCUGUCCGUCAGAUCAGGCGCCAUCAACGUAUUCAGCCUGACAGACGUAGGACUGAAGGCGCUGGACGUGCGCUUCUCUGUGCACAGCGACAGCUACCUUCGCCCAGAGAAACUACAUGGAUACCUUGCGGUGCAUAAAAAUAAGCUGCAGUCUCUGCUGCGGGUGAAUGUGUCCCAGGUACAGGUGGAUGAGUGUGUGUACACAGACUGCAGGGCGGGUGGGGGUUGCUCAACAUACCUCAGCGUCAGUGACACACCCACCCUGGUGGAUGCUGGCAACAUGGCCCUGGUGUCUGUGACAGUGACUUCCUCAGCCGUGUGUGGCUGCACCGCCAGAGACCGUGUCCACCAGGCCUGUUCCUCCUACCCCACAAACCCCUGCUUCAAUGGAGGCACCUGCAUGGACACCCUCAGCGGGUACAGAUGCCAGUGCCCACCGCAGUACGAGGGUCCUGAGUGCCAGCAGACAAGGCGAAGUUUCUUUGGCAACGGCUAUGCCUGGUUCCCUCCCAUAAGGCCGUGCUUUGAUAGCCAUCUCUCCCUGGAGUUCAUCACAGGGGCUGAGGAUGGGCUGCUGCUCUACAGCGGGCCCCUGGCCACCCUGCUUCCCGGAGACCCAGAGGACUACAUGGCCAUAGAGCUGAUUGGUGGAACACCUAGCCUGAAAAUCAACCAUGGGUCUGGAACCCUGGUCCUGCAGUUGCCGGGAAAUGUGGUUGUGUCCGACAGACGCUGGCACCGUCUGGAUGUUAGGAGCAACAGUAAAGAAGUACGUUUCACCCUGGAUCGCUGCUCCAGUGCCAUUGUCAUGGAGACGGAGGGCGUGGACAGCUGGGCCAUGACCGAGGACCGCUCUUCUUGUGAAGUCAGAGGAGUCACGCCCAAUAGGGACAGGUACCUGAAUGGGAGUCAGGUGUUGCAGCUGGGUGGUGUCAACGAAAACGUGUCCUAUGAGUAUCCCCAGCUACAGCACAAGCACUUCACCGGAUGUCUGCGCAACCUGGUUGUGGAUAGUGCGCUCUAUGACCUUGGUUAUCCCUCUGAGUCCUCCAGCAGUGCCCCAGGCUGCUCUCUGACUGAUGGGAACUGUGUGAACAUGGGUGUACCAGUCUGUGGGGCCAGGGGGCGCUGUAACGGGCAGUGGGACUCCUUCCGCUGCCAGUGUGGGCCCGGUUACACAGGGAUCCACUGUGAAGACGAAGUCCCAGAGUUCUCCUUCGAUGGGAGGAGCCAUGUCCAGUACCAGGUGGGCUGGUCUCUCCCGGCCCGUCACACCAGCGUGCAGCUCCAGGUGCGAACCCACGUCCCCAGCGGUGUCCUCCUCAGCCUCCUCUCCCAGGAGCAGAAUGAAUACUUGAGUCUGGAGGUGUUUCAGGGGCUACUGGCUGUCUUUUACAACCUGGGUGACAGACGCUACAACCUCACGCUGCCCUUCCAACGCCUUGACAACGGAGAAUGGCACGAGGUGGAGCUGGAUCGUCAUGGCAAAGAGUUCACCCUUCGAUUGGAUGGUGGCGGCGGGAGGCAAGAGGUCACAGCCGCUCCUGGGACUAGUCAGGAGAUAGUCAUCGAUCAAACAGUGGUGAUGCUGGGAAACACUUUCCCUUCAGGAAACAACCACAGCUUCUUAGGGUGUCUGCGAGAUCUGAGGCUGAACGGGAGGCCCAUGCCCAUGGCAAAGCAGCCCUCCAUGGGGUCCAAGGGCCUCCAGGUGGUCACAUCCCAGGGGGUAUCCCCAGGUUGCCCCUCAGACGCCUGCAGGAAACACCAGUGCUCUCCCCCCUUCAUAUGUGUGGACCUCUGGAGGAAACACGAGUGCAGGUGCCCCCCUGGUUACAUGACGAAGGAGAAUGACUCGAGUAAGGUGUGCGUCUACACGCUGUGCGUCAGCAGGCCCUGUCGCCACGGCACCUGUGUGGCCCACUCGCCUGCCAAGUACUCGUGUCACUGCUCGGAGGGCUACCGUGGGCGCCACUGUGAGGUCUCUCUGACGCUCUACCACAACAACGACAACAACACUCUGAGCCUCAGCUCUGCGUUUGCCAUCAGUAUCUGUGUCCUGGCCUUCCUAGUGCUGAUGCUGGGCCUGUCCCUCUACUCCUGCUGGAGGAGACACAAGGGCCUGAAGGAGGGCGUCUACCACGUCUCCGCACACCACGGAGAAUGGGAGGACAUCCGAGAGAACGUGCUCAACUAUGACGAGGAGGGUGGAGGGGAGCAGGACCAGAAUGCCUUCAACAUGGUGGAGUUACAGAGGUCUCUGCGGCCCAGUCCAGCCCAGUCACUGUGGUACAGCUACCCACAAUGCAUCAUCUCCUACCCUCAGACGACCAAGCCGCCAGACACGAAGAAUGGGACCAAACCAAAAGGACCAAAUGGACCCAAAAACGGCAGCACAGCAAUCGCCCUGCGCCUGGCCCACCCUCCGUCCGGGUCAGCCACCCUCACCUCUCCCAUUGCAAUGCGGCGUUCCCACAAGUCCCUGUCCUUCUCCAGUCAGGACCUGGCCCGCUACCUGUGUGAGGUCAUCAGGGACACGGACCGCUCCCCGGGGGACAACCCCGGCUACAUGACCUCACUGCGUCCCCUGUCCAAUAAGGCGCAGCGUGGUAGGCUGGCCGUGCGCUCGCUCAGCUCCCUCAGCGAUGAAGGUCAGGGGUCAGAGGUUAGGGUUCAGGGGGGUCAGGAGAGCCUGGAGCGUCAGAGAUCCCAGAGCCCACGGCUGGACAGGCUCAAAGCCCUGCGAGCUGUUGCCAGUGAACUCAGAGUGGACGGUGCUGUGGACUCUGCUGCCGCCAAGAGCACAGAGGGACAGAAGGACAAAGUGAAGGAUAGAGAGUGCAGGGCGCAGCCCAACUGUGAGAAGAGCGGAUGAGACUGGAGUCAGAAUACAAAAGAUUGGAAUUCACACUUGGAUACUGAGUUCAAGGAUAUAAAGGAGAGGACGUUCAAAGGCAGCAUCUCAAAAAUUGGAAGUUGUGAAAUGUUUAUAUCGAUUGAUCCAAUGAUGGUGUUGGGGGAAAAACCAAAGGAGAAGAAAUAUUUAAGAAAUGUACAUUUCUGAUUUGUGACCCCUUUGAAAAGUAUUAUAUGGGCGGAUUGUGGCAAAAAUGUGACGCUUUAACUUGAUAUUAUAUAUUUUACAAACAAUCUGGAAAAGUAGAACCUUUUUCUUGGCAAUGCCCUGUAUAUACUCCAUAUGGAAAGCACCUUUUGACCCUUUGGUAACACCAAAAUUGCAUUCAUUUUGAACAGAAAGCCUCACAAAAACAUAUGUAAAAGAAGGCAAAAGUAUUUGUUGAUCAUUAUCGUAAUAUAAAUUCU